UCUCUGUCCUCCAUCCUCCCGUCGCGACGCACGCACGUACUAGUUAAUAAGGCAGCGGCGACCAGCUCCUUAUUAGUGCACCGUUGCUGUUGUUGUUUGGCGUCCCUGUCCUUUCCGCUGUCUCCGGCUGGCUGCUGCUGUCAUCAACUCAACCACCACAACACCUACGCAUCCGAGCACCAACGCGGCCAACGCUAGCAUCGUCUAAAGAAAAGAAAGAAAAAGAGAAAAGGAGCUUUCGUCAACAAUGAAGUCGCUCCUCUCGAUCCCGACGUCCGUGACCGCUGCCGCUGCCGCCGCGGCCGCUGCCGUCUUCAUCGCCAAAGAAGUCGCUGCGGCGCCGACGGGCAGUGGCGCGCUCCAGAACAUUCUGGACAACACGCACCGCAGCCCGCUGUACGGGUAUCCGACGGAUUUGACGCGGGGCGUUAUUCCUAAACCGUUUCAUAGCCAUAAUGACUAUUGGAGAGAUGUGCCGUUUUACUCUGCGCUGAGCUAUGGCGCCGUGUCGGUUGAGGCGGAUGUGUGGUUGGUGGAUGGGGAGCUUUAUGUCGGGCACCACCGCUCCGCCCUCACCACAGCCCGCACCCUCGACGCGCUCUACAUCCAGCCCAUCCUCGACACGCUACAGCGGCAAAACCCCACCACGCAAUUCACGACCGGAGACGAGGGGGUUCACGGCGUCUUCGACACCGUCCCCGAGCUAACACUGUACUUCUUCAUCGACCUGAAGACAGACGCGGACGCGACCUUCGCCGCCGUACUGACAGCGCUCGAGCCCCUGCGCGCGCGCGGGUACCUCACGACGGCGCACGCGAACGGGACGCUCGCCCCCGGCCCGGUCACGGUGCUAGGCACGGGCAACACGCAGCUGGAGCAGGUGCUGGCGCUCAGCGCGAACGAGAGCGCCCCCGCGCGCGAUCUGUUCUUCGACGCGCCGCUGCAGGCGCUGAAGGAUGACGAGAGGGUGGCUGGGCCCGAGGUCGCGCCGAUCGCGUCCGUCGAUUUCGGGUCCCUGUUUAAUGUCACAAGGACGGAUGAUGUCGCGCGUGUGUUGAGUGAGAACCAGAAGAAGCUGUUGAGGGAACAGGUCGAGACGGCGCGUGAGAGAGGCAUCGCGACGCGGUAUUGGGGCUUGCCGGAUUUUCCGGUGGGCGUGAGGAAUGCCGUGUGGAGGGUUUUGGUGGAGGAGGGGGUCGAUUUGCUUAAUGUCGAUGCGUUGGAGGAUGCGGUUGAGUUGUGGGGGUAGAUGGUAGAUGUGCUGGGGGGGGUGUGGGGUGGGGGGUUACGUUACCUACUUGGAUGGACCUAGAUGAAUGAGUGGAGGGAAGGGGGUUGGGGUUAUGAUUACCU